AUGGAUAGUCAACAAACCAUCGAUAGUUGGAAUUGGGACAAAGCUAUGAACUUAGUUAUGACCUAUGUUUCUGGUCACUUACACAGCAGAAUGUUCAACGUUGUUAUGAAACAUAGUGUUUGUGAUUACCUAGAAGAUGGCCCAAAGCAUUACAAAGAAAUCGCAGAAGCAAUUAACAUCAAUGAAAACAUGGUUUAUAGAUUACUCCGUUAUUUUACCGCCAAUGAUUUAUUUGCAGAAGAUAAAGAUAAUCUUGGCACCUUUAUGAAAACACCAGUUAGCUCAAUGUUUUCAAAGAAUGGUAAAUUAAAAUCAAUGGGUCAACGUUAUACACAUGAUCUCCACUAUAAAAUGUUUGAAACUCUUCCACAAUCAUUCGAACAAAAUAAAGGUUUAGGCCCAAAGAAUGUAGGUUUCGAUCAUUUUUGGGAAAUCUUUGAUUCAGAUCCAGCAUACAAAGAAUUAUUUAACCAAACUAUGCAAGUUUACACCGAAGCAGCCAUGUCAAAUAUUAGAGGAGCCAUUGACUUUAGCUCAUUCAAUACCAUUGUUGAUGUUGGUGGUAACCAUGGUUUAUUAAUCGGUAAUAUUUUAGAAACCCAUCCAACAGUUAAUGGUAUUAAUUUUGAUUUAGAUGUUGUUUUAAAUGCAGCCACCGAAAAGUUCCAACAUGAACGUUUAAAGCAUGUACCAGGUAAUUUCUUUGAAUCUGUACCAGAAGCAGACUGUUAUAUCUUAAAAUUCAUUUUACACGAUUGGCCAACCGAAGACUGUGUUAAAAUUUUACAAACCAUUGGUAAAUCUAUGAAACCAGGUGCUAAAAUCUAUCUUUUUGAAAUUAUUAUUGAACCACCAUUUUACACCAAAUAUUCAGUUUACAUUGAUAUUUUAAUGAUGCAAAUGGUUAAUGCUAAAGAAAGAACUUUAAACGAAUGGAACGAAUUAUUUGAUGCUGCAGGUUUCAAAUUAGAAAAGGUUGUACCAGAAAUUAAAACUGGUUGUAUGAUUAUUUCAAAAAAAGAUUAA